AUGGCGACGGCGCGCGGCGGCGGCGGCUUCCCCCGAGCGCUGCCGCUGCUGUUGCUGCCGCCGCUGCUGCUGCUCCUGCCCCGCGCCGCCGCCGAGCAGGUUGUCCUGCUGGACUCGAAGGAAUCGCAAGCGGAGCUGGGCUGGACCUCGCACCCGUCAAACGGGUGGGAAGAAAUCAGCGGGGUGGAUGAGAACUACAAGCCGAUACGCACGUACCAGGUCUGCAACGUCAUGGAGCCAAACCAGAACAACUGGCUGCAGACGGGCUGGAUUGCCAGGCGCGAUGGCCAGAGGAUCUUCAUCGAGCUGAAGUUCACCCUGCGGGACUGCAACAGCAUCCCCGGCGUGAUGGGCACCUGCAAGGAGACUUUCAACCUGUACUACGUCGAGUCUGACUCCGACCUGGGCCGCAGCGUUCAUGAGAGCAAGCACACCAAGAUCGACACCAUUGCUGCGGAUGAGAGCUUCACGCAGGGGGACCUGGGUGAGCGUAAGAUGAAGCUGAACACGGAGCUGAGGGAGAUUGGGCACCUGAGCAAGAGAGGCUUCCACCUGGGCUUCCAGGACGUGGGCGCCUGCGUGGCGCUGGUCUCUGUGCGGGUCUAUUACAAGAAGUGCCUGGCCACCGUGCAGAACCUGGCCGUGUUUCCCGACACGGUGGCGGAGACAGCCUUCGCGACUUUGGUGGAAGUUAAGGGCACUUGCGUGGCUCAUGCCGAAGUGGAUGUGGAUAACCCCCCCCGGAUGCACUGCAGCGCGGAGGGCGAGUGGCUGGUCCCCAUAGGGAAGUGCGCGUGUGGUCCCGGCUUCGAGGAGAAGGACGGGGGAUGCAGAGCUUGUCUUCCUGGAUUUUACAAGCUUUCCCUGCGUCUCCCUCUCUGCUCUCCUUGCCCUGAGCACAGCUUCACGCAUGAGGAAGCCUCCAUGUUCUGUUCAUGCCAGAAGAACUACUCCAGGUCCCCAUCAGACCCGCCAUCUGCCUCCUGCACACGUCCACCCUCUGCCCCGAGGAACCUGGUCUACAGCCUGCGGCAGUCCUCGCUGGUCCUGGAGUGGAGUGCCCCCGCCGACGCGGGCGGCCGCAGCGACCUGACCUACAGCCUGUGGUGCGGCCGGUGCCCGCCGGCUCUGCGGGGCCGCUGCGAGCAGUGUGGCAGCGGGGUGGGCUUCCUGCCGCAGCAGACGGGGCUCGUGGACCGGACCGUCACCCUGGUGAACCUGCUGCCUCACGUCAACUACACCAUCCGCGUGGUGGCUGUCAACGGCGUCUCGGGCGUCAGCCCGCUCUUGGGGCAGCAGUACGCCGAGGUCAACGUCUCCACCGGCCUUGCAGCGCCGACUCCUGUCACCGACAUCCGCACGGAUAAAGUUGAGCAGAAGAGCGUCUCCUUGUCGUGGCAGGAGCCGGGCUUCCCGACCCCCAACGGCACAGAGUAUGAGGUCAAGUACUAUGAGAAGGAUCAGAGAGAUCAAAGUUACUCAACUGUGAAAACCACAUCAACAGCCGUGACGGUCAAUAACCUGAAGCCUGGCACCCUCUAUAUUUUCCAAAUCCGAACAUCCUCCUCGCCGGACUACGGGUACUACAGCCCGAGCAUUGAAGUGGAGACGCUGGCAGAGCUGACAGUGGCCUCCAGCGAGCAGAACCCCAUCCUCAUCAUCGCGGUGGUGGCCAUCGCGGGGCUGACGGUGCUGGUGUCCAUGGUGAUCGGCGUGAUGGUCUGGAGGAGACAGUGUGGGUACAGCAAAGCCAGCCAGGAUGGGGACGAGGAGCUGUACUUCCAUUUUAAAAUCCCAACCAGGAGGACGUACAUCGACCCGGACACUUGUGAAGACCCCAUGCAGGCCGUGCACCUCUUUGCCAAAGAGCUGGAUAACGCUAGUAUUAAAAUCGAGAGGAUCAUCGGGACAGGGGAGUUUGGAGAAAUCUGCCGGGGGUGCCUGAAGCUGCCCAGCAAGCGGGAGCUGCCGGUGGCCAUCCAGACGCUGCGGGCAGGGUGCUCGGAGAAGCAGCAGCGCUCCUUCCUGGCAGAGGCGUGCACCAUGGGCCAGUUCGAUCACUCCAACGUCAUCCGCCUGGAGGGGGUCGUCACCAGAGGGACCACCAUGAUGAUAGUGACGGAGUACAUGGGGAAUGGCAUGCUGGACUCUUUUCUCCGGAAACAUGAGGGACAGUUGACGGCCGCCCAGCUCGUUUGCAUGUUGCAGGGGAUUGCCUCUGGCAUGAAGUACCUGGCAGAGAUGGGUUACGUACAUAAAAGCCUUGCCGCCCACAAAGUCCUGGUGAACAGCAGCCUGGCUUGCAAAAUAACUGGUUUCAGACGGCCACAAGAAGAUAAGAUGGAGACCAUCUUCUCCACCAUGCAUGGGAAGAGCCUGGUGCUGUGGUCAGCCCCCGAAGCCAUCCAGUAUCACCACUUCAGUCCGGCCAGUGACGUGUGGAGCUUCGGCAUCGUCAUGUGGGAAGUCAUGUCCUACGGCGAGAGACCCUACUGGGACAUGUCCAACCAGGACGUGAUGAAGGCCGUGGAGGACGGGUUCCGCCUGCCCGCCCCCGUGAACUGCCAGCCGCCCCUCCACCAGCUCAUGCUCGACUGCUGGCAGAAGGACCGCAGCCAGAGACCCAAGUUCUCGCACAUCCACGACAUCCUGAGCAAGAUGGUGCAGAGCCUGGAGCCCCCGCAGUGUCCCAGCUCCACGUGCAGCAGGUCCCACAGCACGUCCAUCCCCCUCACCGAGCGUACCUUCUCGGCCUUCCCCUCUUUCAGCUCCGUAGGCGAGUGGCUGGAAGCGAUAGAAAUGGGCAGGUACAAAGACAACUUCACCGCUGCGGGCUACUGCUACCUGGAAUCGGUGGCCAGGAUGACAGCCCAAGAUGUCCUCAGCCUGGGGAUCACGCUGGCGGAACACCAGAAGACCAUCCUGAGCGGGAUCCAGACUCUCCGGGCCCAGGUGAUCCAAAUGCAUGGCCGAGGCGUGCAGGUGUGAAGCAGCCCCCGCGGAGGUGCAGAGCACGGAGCCGGCGCUCCCGGGGAGGAGGCAGCCAGCCGGCCCCAAACCCCGCACCCGAUCUCGGAAACUUCGCGGUUUCAGGUGGGAUGUAGAAAUUGCCGGGCUGCUGCCAAACAAGUCAUUCCACGUGGCAAGAGAAGCAGGGCUUCCCAUCCCCUGUGCCAGGGAAGCCGAGGAUUCCUGGGAUGUGUGCGGUGGGCCUAAGUGGAUGUGGCUCUCCCUGGCACUGUUUUGUAAGACGAGUCAAACUGUAACGAUGCCAUUUCGUAUGGUAAUUAGGUUAACAGGGUGGAUGGACAUUUGUGCACUGUCUUAAUCCAGAGCUGACAGCAUUUUCGUAUCUAGCAUCCUACUGGUGAAAUCCAUGGGUAUUUUUAUACAAGGUGACACGUUCUAGCAACCCCACAAGGAGCUUUUAUUGCUUUUAUUUUUAGAGACCAGAGCACAGCUCACACCCAGCGCCCAACUUCUGGAAGGUGACUUUCCCCAUCUGCUUUGCUGAAAGGAAACUCUUUCCCAGCGGGGUCCCUUCCGCUCCAAGAGUUGCUUCACUGAGUCUUGACACCACAGUUGGUGAACGAAAAACAAAUACUCUCCACUAAAUCGCAGAGCAAACGGUGCUGAAUGUUUCUAAGGUUCUCUUGACGAGACAAUUGCAGAGGAAGAAAUGAAAAGCUUGGAUGAAGAGACCCCUAGCCAAGAGAGGGCAAGCAGUGGAGCCCUUGGGCUGCCCUGCUGGUGCUUUCAGCCUUUGCUGCUUUUUGUGCAUGUCCCGGUCCCUCAUUUUACUGCUGGAGCCCCGACGUGGGGUGGGAACUCGUGGACCAGCGCGACAGCAGGCAGCACUCUGCUGCCCUCGCGCACGCUGAGCCCACGGGCAGAGACCUGCCACCCAUGCAGGACCGAUGCUAAAGCAUCUGUUGCUGUUUUUGCCUCUCCUCCUGCCUCCUGCCUUGCAGUUUUGCAGGCAGAGUGUCCCGCAUCUUGCCUUCGCUGGCUCCCUGGGCAGCUGUGGUGGGCUCUGACCACUGUCCUUAGGCUGCGGAGCGAAGCAGGCAGAGCUGUGGGUGAUGCCAGAGCCCGGGGACUCCCUGCUGUCAGCUGAGCUGGAGCAUCCGCGCUGCCUCGGAGCAGUAGAUGGACGAAUGCUCUUCCCUCUCUGGCUCUGGGAGCUUUUGCAGAGGAAAAGGUUUUUUUGAACAGAACUUACUCAACCCGCAGCGGUGGAAGGGAACCUCCCAAUUCAGCCAGAAAUGUGAGGAAAACCUGGGAAUUGGUUUGGAGUCAGAGACGGCGGGCACGGCUGUGCUUUGGGUGGACACUUCCCGUGUCUGCUCUGGCACUGGAAUGGCCACCGCAGCUGCAGUGAGUGCGUCCCCUCCUCCUCCGGCUGCCCCGUGGGCGGCUGGGAGCAGGGAAGGGAAAGGCAGCAGCCUGCCUGGAGCAUCCCGCGGGACCGUGCCGGGGUGUCAGUUUUGCCCUGCGGGCGAGCGCUGGGCCAGAGGUCCAUGCCCGAGGGCUGCAGUGCCGGCGCACCCCGCAGCACCCGCAGCCUCUGCAGCGGGCGCACCCCGGGUCUGGAUGCGUGAGUGGCUGCAGGGCUGUCCCCAGGGCACCCCGCAGCCCAGCCCAGCGCCGGGGCAUGGGCAGAGCUGGCCAUCGCAUCCAUGGGAUCCCUGAAAUCCUGCCGUGCAAUCCAGGGCACAUCAGCACUUUAUUCUGUUGCAGACGGUAGCACGGCACUGCCUGCCUCGCGCGCUGGCAGUUCCCACUGACGCAGGCCUAAUCCCUGACGGAAGACAUAAAUAGCAUCUGCUUAAUAAUACAAGUUUCCUUGAAGUUAGUUAAUUAAAUGGGUCUUUGCAGCCUUGUACAGAGUUUUGUAGGCCUUUUGUUAUCAUCUGUAAGUAUUGCAAGUGAAUUAUUGAUGAAAGGCAAAGAUUUACAAAGGGAAUGAAUGCUGCGGGAGGUGUUCACAGUGUGGCUGGAAAGCUGUUCCGAGUCAGAUCCUCCUGUGAGCCUGCUCCCAGGGGCUGAGACUCUAAAUGGUGAUGGUGAGACACUGGCCCAGGUUGCCCAGAGAGGGGGUGGAGGCCCCAUCCCUGGAGACAUUCAAGGCCAGGCUGGAUGAGGCUCUGAGCAACCUGAUCUAGUUACAGAUGUCCCUGCUGACUGCAGGGGGUUGGACGAGAUGGCCUUUAGAGGGCCCUUCCAACCCAGCACAUUUUAUGAUUCUAUGGAGCGAAGGGCCCAAAGGCAGCCUCUCAAAGGGCCAGGGCAACUGCCUGGGCAUCUUCCUUCUGGUCGAGCGGAGCGGCACAACCAUGGGCGCUGGUGGCUGUCCUGUGCCCGCUGGCCUUUGCAGAACACGUUACUGUAGGGAUCCAGCUUCUGCUUAGUAAAGUCACAGAAUCACAGAGUGGUGGGGGCUGGAAGGGCCCUCUGGAGAUCAUCCCCUCCAACCCCCGGCCAGAGCAGGGUCACCCACAGCAGGUGGCACAGGAACGCCUCCAGGCGGGGUUGGGAUGUCUCCAGAGACGGAGACUCCCCCACCUCUCUGGGCAGCCUGUGCCAGGGCUCUGCCACCCUCACAGCAAAGAAGUUCCUCCUCGUGUUGAGGUGGAACUUCCCAUGGUCCAGUUUGUGCCCGUUACCCCUUGUCCUGUCCCCGGGCACCACUGUCACGAUGGUUUCCUUUUCACUGGCCCUCAAGCUCUCCUGGCUCGGGCGCGUGGAGGGCAGAGGGCUGGUGGGAUUGAGCCAGGAACCCCGGCACGCUGGGGCCGGGAGCUGCCCUCGCUCUGCGGGCACAGACGGAGCCGCCCUGGCAUUGGGCGAGUGCUGGGCAUCCUACGGGGAGUUUGCUGCUCUCCAGGGUAAACAAGGUCUCUCCUUCCUGCCACCUCCUGUGGUUUAAGCAACAUUCCCCAAUGUCACUUGGUUUCUUUUUUUAAUGGAAAUAAUUUGUCUUUAAGUUUGGCCCGUGUCCGGUCUGGUCGAUCACGCGCCAUCCUGCUCUUUCAGACCCAGAAGAGUAAUAAUGGUGAACUGAGACCCUCACAUGGUAGAAAUGCCAGAUCCCAAGGAUCAAGUGCAAUUUGUAUGCUCUUUAUGUUUACAUUUUAUCUAGAGAGAAAGUAUAUUAUAGUUCUCCAGGCAGCGAGCUGAACCAACUUGAUUCCGGAUCCUCUCCCUGCUCUUGUCCUGUCUGCUGGGAUUUCCAGCAGCCUCCUGCGUCGGGAUGCCCGGAGCGGUGCCGGGAUGUCACUCUUGGGGCUGGCUCCAGGUUGGUGCAGCCGCUUUGAAGGAGGUCUGGGGAAGCCCAGGGCUUGGUGACAAGGUGACAGAGUGCUUCCGGGUGUGGGAAACAGACCUGGCAGUGAGCAGGUGGCGACACGUUUCUCCCAAACCCCCCAGGACAGACCCUGUCUCCAAAGUUAGGGGUGUGAGGAGGGGCCGGCUCUGAGCUGCUGGGAUCUGCUCCUCGGUCCUUCCGAUUGUUGCCAGGCUGGAGAAAGAGAGAGAGACCUCGGCACAGCUUGUCUGCUGUGGUGGCAGCUCUCCUGGGGCUGCGGUGCCCGGGGGCUGGUGGGAGCCGUGGGCCCCUGGGCGGCUGCCGUGGCCCCAUGGGCAGUGUCCUGCCCCCCACCACGCAGUGGCCCGGGGCUAGUAGCCGCCUCUGCCACUUGCCUGUGUCAUCCUACGACGCUCGCUCUGGGCUAGAGCACUCCCGGUAAAAAUGAGACCAUCUUUCAAUCGUCUCUUCAGCGUUUUCCCCCACCGAAUCAGGCUCCCGUACUGCAUCCUGUAGGACAAUCAGAACUGAAGGCAUAAUUCCUUCGUUUGAGUCUCUCUAGCGGUUCCCAAAGGAGAUUCGGUGUUUAAUUACUUUUCUGACUGACUCUGGUGAGGGAUGCGCCGUGGUGUUUCAGGAAGCUGUUUCCUGGAGACAGUCUGGUUCUGGGGCUGAGCCCCCGCUCUAACUCAGCAGAACCAAGAGGCGUUCGCUUUUCUCGUCUCUCCUUCGAGAAAGAGAAGAAAAAGCACGUGAUGGAAGUAUGCUUCCUAGCGCUGCAACGAGAAACGCUUUUAACUGAGCUCCUCAUCAACGCUGAAGGUAAUAAAAUGAGCAGAUUAAGUCAGAGAUUCGGGAAGCUCCGGCCGCAGCGCUGCUGGGAGCGGGCAGGACACGCAGCUCCACGGUCACCCCCCCCCCCCAGCCCCGUGAAACCAAAACUGGAAUCAAGUUGGUUCACAUCCAGAUGCUUUUUGAUAUUCAUUAACCACGUGUUAUAUACUGUAAAUACUUACUUGAGAAGUCAAUAUAUAUUUUUAUAAGCUUGAAAGAAAUGUAAUAUAAUAUCGUAAGGGACACUGCGUGCAUUUCAUGUUUGAGCUAUAGUCAGACAUCUCCAGGGAAUCACUGUUGGUUUGG